ACCGCCGCGUGAUUUUAUUCUUUCUCCCGCCUCCCCUUACCCUUUUUGUCUUCUUCUUCCUCCCAACUCUGUUUUUCAAACUUCAAAUCAAACUCCCUCUUCCUCUUCCUCUUCCUCUUCCUCUUCAUCAUCUUCCUUCUCCAUCUUCUCCCCCCUAUUUCCAACAGUGAAAUCCCACACCCAUUGUCAAAUCCCCACUCAUCUUCUCUUUUGACCAAACCCCAUCCCUGGUUUUUCCUCAAAACCCCCCCUCCCCCCUCUUUCAAUGGACUCCACAACCUCCCCUUCCCCCAUUUCCACUCCCAAACCUCAUUCUAAGAAAGGCUUCGUCUCUUCUCUAAUGGAAGCCGCCACUCUCCGUUCUCCCUCUUUCAAAGAAGAUACUUACUUCAUUUCCCAUCUCAAAUCCUCCGAGAGAAAAGCCCUCCAAGACCUUAAAGAUAAGCUCUCUGCUUCUACCUCCACUGCCGAUCAUCGUCCUUCUAUGUGGGGUAUCCCUCUCUUAGCCGGCGAUGACCGUGCUGAUGUUAUCCUCCUUAAGUUCCUUCGUGCUCGAGACUUCAAAGUACCCGACUCUCUUCAUAUGCUUCAGAAAUGCCUCCAAUGGCGGUCUGAGUUUGGUGCUGAUGGUAUUGUUGAUGAAGAUUUAGGGUUUAAGGAACUUGAAGGGCUUGUUGCUUAUAUGCAGGGCUAUGACAGAGAAGGACACCCUGUUUGUUAUAACGCGUAUGGGGUUUUCAAGGAUAAGGAAAUGUACGAGAGGAUCUUUGGCGAUGAUGAGAAACUCAAGAAGUUUCUUAAAUGGAGGGUUCAAGUUUUGGAAAGAGGGAUUCAUCUUCUCCAUUUUAAACCUGGUGGGGUUAAUUCAUUGAUUCAAGUCACCGAUCUUAAAGAUAUGCCUAAACGAGAGCUUCGUGUUGCUUCUAAUCAAAUCCUUUCUCUGUUUCAAGACAAUUACCCUGAAAUGGUUGCUCGUAAGAUUUUCAUCAAUGUGCCCUGGUACUUCAGUAUGUUGUACUCCAUGUUUAGCCCCUUUCUAACUCAACGAACCAAGAGCAAAUUUGUCAUCGCUAAAGAAGGAAAUGUAGCCGAAACCCUUUACAAAUUCAUCAGACCAGAGGACGUGCCGGUACAGUACGGCGGCCUGAGUCGACCAAGCGAUUUGCAGAAUGGCCCGCCGAAACCGGCGUCAGAGUUCGCCGUCAAAGGAGGAGAGAAAGUGAACAUUCAAAUAGAAGGCAUUGAGGGGGGAGCCACAAUCUCAUGGGACAUUGUAGUGGGAGGUUGGGAAUUAGAGUACAGCGCAGAGUUCGUUCCAAUCGCCGAUGGAAGCUACACAAUAGCGGUGGAGAAACCAAGGAAAAUUUCAGCAAAUGAAGAAGCAAUUCACAACUCCUUCACUACAAGAGAAGCUGGAAAAAUGGUGUUAUCCGUUGACAACACAGCUUCAAGGCGGAAAAAGGUCGCCGCCUACCGUUACAUCGUUCGAAAAUCAACAACCAUCUAAAGAAAAACACCAAUAACCAAAGAAGGGAAAGAAGAAGAAAGAGAUCUAAUCCUAAUGUUAAAAGGGGUAAUAUGAUAUUGAUUUUGAAUAUGUAAUGUGUUUAUUAUGAUCUGUAUUGGGUUUUGUUUCUUUUUCUUUUUGUGUUUAGGGUUACAAAAUUAGCUAUGAGUUUGUGAUUGUGAACUGGAAACUGAACUGAGAAAGAAGAUGUUUGUUAAUAUAAGUAAAAGGGGAAGAAAAGCUUUUGAUAUGCGUA